GGGCACCGAACAGCCAUGCAGCCUCUGCCGCUCCAGGCUGUGGGAGCCCUGCAGAGCAUGUCGGAGGAUAGCGGCAUGGAGAAAGCCAUCAAGGAAACCUCCAUUUUGGAAGAAUAUAGUAUCAACUGGACUCAGAAGCUGGGAGCGGGAAUUAGCGGUCCAGUCAGAGUCUGUGUGAAGAAGUCUACUCAAGAAUGGUUUGCACUGAAAAUCCUUCUCGAUCGUCCAAAAGCUAGAAAUGAGGUGCGUCUGCACAUGAUGUGUGCCACACACCCCAAUAUAGUUCAAAUUAUCGAAGUGUUUGCUAACAGUGUACAGUUUCCUCACGAGUCCAGUCCCAGGGCUCGACUCUUAAUUGUAAUGGAGAUGAUGGAAGGGGGCGAGCUAUUUCACAGGAUCAGGCAGCACCGGCACUUUACAGAGAAGCAAGCCAGCCAAGUAACAAAGCAGAUAGCCCUGGCUCUACAGCACUGUCACUUGCUAAACAUUGCGCACAGAGAUCUCAAGCCUGAAAAUCUGCUUUUCAAGGAUAAGUCUUUGGAUGCCCCUGUGAAAUUAUGUGACUUUGGAUUUGCUAAAGUUGACCAAGGUGAUUUGAUGACACCCCAGUUUACUCCUUAUUAUGUAGCACCUCAGGUACUGGAAGCACAGAGAAGGCAUCAGAAGGAGAAGUCUGGCAUCAUACCUACCUCGCCAACGCCCUACACUUACAACAAGAGCUGUGACUUGUGGUCUCUAGGGGUGAUCAUCUAUGUGAUGCUGUGUGGAUAUCCUCCUUUUUACUCCAAACACCACAGUCGGACUAUCCCAAAGGAUAUGUGGAGAAAGAUCAUGACAGGAAGUUUCAAGUUUCCAGAAGAAGAAUGGAGCCAGAUCUCAGAGAUAGCCAAAGAUGUUGUGAGGAAGCUCCUAAAGGUCAAACCAGAGGAAAGACUCACCAUUGAGGGAGUGCUGGACCAUCCCUGGCUCAACUCGACGGAGGCUCUGGAUAAUGUGCUGCCCUCUGCUCAGCAGAUGAUGGAUAAGGCAGUGGUCGCGGGGAUCCAGCAGGCUCAUGCCGAGCAGCUGGCCAAUAUGAGGAUCCAGGACCUCAAGGUUAGCCUCAAACCCCUACACUCUGUGAACAACCCCAUCCUGAGAAAGAGGAAGUUACUUGGCACCAAACCAAAGGAUGGUAUUUAUAUACACGACCAUGAGAAUGGAGCUGAGGAUUCAAAUAUUGCCUUGGAAAAGCUUCGAGAUGUCAUUGCCCAGUGUAUCCUCCCCCAGGCUGGUAAAGGAGAGAAUGAAGAUGAGAGACUGAAUGAAGUAAUGCAGGAAGCCUGGAAGUACAACCGGGAGUGCAAGCUCCUGAGGGACGCUCUGCAGAGCUUCAGCUGGAAUGGUCGUGGAUUCACAGAUAAAGUAGGCCCACUGAAACUGGCAGAGGUUGUGAAGCAAGUGAUCAAAGAGCAGACUGGUCCCCAUGAGCCCCAGUAGUAAAAGCUUCAAACUGUUUUUAACAAUCAGAGAAAUUAGUUCUUAA